GGGCUGCUGGCUGCGGCGGGGGACGGUGCUGGCUGCGCUGCGCACCGCCGCGGUCCCCCAGCCAUCUGCGUCUCGGCGGCUGAGCGAGGGACAGUCACGCGUUUAUUUUUAACCGGCUGGGGAGGGCGGCGGGGAUUGGUGCCUCCCUGGUUAUAUCACUAAAUCCCUGCCAGGGCCUGUUAGUUCCAGCACAGCGAGCCCUGCGCCGUGCGCCAGUAACUGUUUCGGCCCCCCAUCCCCUUUGGGGCCGUGCCCUGCCCCAGCCCAUGGGCUCCUUGGGGUCAGCUGUGCACACAGCUGGAGAGCGUGGGCACCCACCACCCCACGGGUGGGCACCGGGGCACCAGGACCCCGUGCCCCCAGCCCUGCCCUCCCACACCAUCUCCCGCUCCCAGGAGUGGGGUGGGAUGCAGGCAGCCAGGUCUCCCGCUGCCUGCUCCAUCUCCCUGAGUGAAGUGACAGUGGCAUGGGGACCACAGCCCCAUCCCACUCCUGCAGGCCUUUUGGGGAUGUAGCAGGAGGAAACUGGGGCAGUUCACGACCACUUCGUCCCCAUCCCAGUGGCAGAUGCCAUGUGGGACAGGCCCAGUGCUGUCCGGAUCCGGGGCAGGAUGGGGAUAACGGGGAUGCUCAUGGCCACCGUGGUCCCCUCUCCAUCCCCAUUCGAUGCCACCCACCAGCCCCCAGCCCCAGCUGUGACUCUCAGCAAAGUGGCAAAGGGUUAAGCCGUGCAGCGGGGCCACGUGACUCUCCGGGGAUGCCGUUUUUCUGAAGAUCAGGACGGAUUAGGGUGGAAUAUCAGGACGUGAAUUUCUCUGGGCAGUGCAUCCCCCCUCCACCGGCCCUGCCACGGCCUCUUGCCCCACACCGCGGCUCCCUGGGGACGCGCAGUGCUGAGCCAGGCCCCCAGCUGUGCAUGAGGCUGGUGUUUGCCCAAGAGCCACCCAGCGCCCGCACUGACGCCCGAGGCAGCUCCGGGAGCCAUGUCGGGUUCCUACGACGAGUCAGCAGCGGCCGCCGAGGAAACAACCGACAGCUUCUGGGAGGUGGGGAACUACAAGCGCACGGUGAAGCGGAUCGAUGACGGGCACCGGCUCUGCAAUGACCUCAUGAACUGCGUGCACGAGCGGGCCAAGAUCGAGAAGUCCUACGCCCAGCAGCUCACCGACUGGUCUAAGCGGUGGAGGCAGCUCAUUGAGAAAGGUCCCCAGUACGGCAGCAUGGAGAAGGCGUGGGGUGCCAUCAUGACGGAGGCGGACAAGGUGAGCGAGCUGCACCAGGAGGUGAAGAACAGCCUGCUGAACGAUGACUUCGAGAAGGUCAAGAACUGGCAGAAGGACGCCUACCACAAGCAGAUCAUGGGAGGCUUCAAGGAGGCCAAGGAGGCUGAGGAUGGCUUUCGGAAAGCCCAGAAGCCCUGGGCCAAGAAGCUCAAGGAGCUGGAGACAGCCAAGAAAGCCUACCACCUGGCAUGCAAGGAGGAGAAGCUGGCAAUGACCCGGGAAGCCAACAGCAAGGCAGAGCAGUCCAACACCCCUGAGCAGCAGAAGAAACUCCAGGACAAAGUGGAAAAGUGCAAGCAAGACGUGCAAAAGACUCAGGAGAAGUAUGAGAAGGUGCUGGACGAGCUGAACAAGUGCACCCCACAGUACAUCGAGAGCAUGGAGCAGGUCUUUGAGCAGUGCCAGCAGUUUGAGGAGAAGAGGCUCAACUUCCUCAAGGAAGUGCUCCUGGACAUCAAGAGGCACCUGAACCUGGCUGAGAGCAGCAGCUACGCCAACGUCUACCGAGAGCUGGAGCAGACCAUCCGCCUCUCGGACGCGCAGGAGGAUCUCCGGUGGUUCCGCAGCAGCAGCGGUCCUGGGAUGCCCAUGAACUGGCCCCAGUUUGAGGAGUGGAACCCGGACCUGACACACACGAUAACACGGAAGGAGAAGCAGAAGAAGGGCGAGGGAGUGACCCUGACCAACACCAGCAGCGCGGGCGAGACGGGGGCACCGGCGGGCGAGCGCGGGAGCGUGAGCAGCCACGACCGUGGGCAGACCUACAGCGCCGAGUGGUCCGAUGACGAAGGCAGCAAUUCCUUCAACACCAGUGAGGCCAACGGUGGCACCAACCCCUUCGACGAGGAGUCGGUGGGGAAGGGCGUGCGGGUGCGGGCUCUGUACGACUACGACGGGCAGGAGCAGGAUGAGCUCAGCUUCAAAGCAGGUGAUGAACUAACCAAGCUCGGUGAAGAAGACGAGCAAGGAUGGUGCAAAGGGCGCUUGGACAACGGGCAGCUAGGUCUCUACCCCGCCAACUACGUGGAGGCAAUCUAAGUCUUGUGGUGUGCUCCUCGUUGCCGUCAGCAGAUAAAUCCACCCUCCGUUGUCUCCAUCUCUCCACCAGCCAACCAGCCAUUUUGCCGUCUGGUCCGUCACUCCUCACAGUUAGAGAUUCAGACAUAUUUUCCGACCAAGCUUUUAUUUUUUUAAGAGUUGUCUCCAAAGAGUAUUUUGCAUAGUCGCUUUCUUCUUCUUCUAAGAUAACGUGAAGCGAAAGGUGACGUUGUCCGUUCGUCUACGUUAGUUGAUUUUUUUUCCGAGCGAAAAGCCGAUACCUCAAGAUCUUAAAGCCCAACCAGUGAGAGCUCCUGAUUGGUUGGUUUUUAAAGAUACUGAAAUCAUGAGCCACCUUCUGAUUGGCUGGAACUGUUCCGAAAUGCACGGCGCUGAAGCUCCUGGGACCAAGCAAAUUCACCCCAAAAACCCAAGAGGGACUGGAGUCUGACUCCAUUUUUUGGUGUUUCCAUGUUCUCCUCCUUGGUUCAUUCUCCCUCCCCAAAGGAAGGGGAUGAACGUCCCCUCCUGUCCCACAGCCACCCAGCCCCAUCCGUGGGCAGGUCCCUGCUCCCGGGCAGGGCUGGUGGCAGAUUGAUGCCCAGGUGAGGUGCGACCAGCCCUGCCGUGGAGCUUGGUGGCAUCUCCUCAGCUUCCUCCUCCUCCUCCUCGUUGGUCAACAUGUCUGGAGUGGGUGGAGGCUCCCGAGCCGAUGCCCCACGUGUGCUGCAGGGAGCAGCAUCGCCCUUCACGAGGGCGGGUACCCAGCACACACCGGACCCAGGGAGAGGUGGCCCUCAAAUGCUGUUUGGAGAAGGACCCCCCGCAGCCCGAUGCUGCUGGGAAGCACCUUCCCACCCAGCUUGGGCCAGCGGGGACCAGCUUGGAUGCUGCUGGGGACGAUCCCCAUCCAACUCCCUUCCUGAAGAGAGGCGGGAGCAGAGCAGGGAGGGGGGGAUAAGCAAUGUCCAGCCUUGCACGGUGCCGGCAGGACCUGCAGCCAGCCGGAGGAUGAGGAGGGCUCGGUGCAGGCAGCAGACCCCGGCCUGAGCAGCAGAGAAGCUGCCUGGUGAAGACGGCUGAAAACAAGACACGUCAAAGCAGGGGAACAGCCGCAGGCUUUGCCCUUUUCUUUCCCCCCCCAAGGGGCUCUACCCCUCCUGCACCUGGGCUCUGCAACCAGCUGUGGUGUGGACAGGACCCCCUCAGCACCCACGAGUGCUGCCACCCACCACGGUCACCCAACCCCUCUGUCCCGGGGACAUUUGCCAUCAUGAGCUUUUCCCUACAGAUCAUCUCUCAUUUUUUUCCAUACCAUCACCCUCAGCAGCAUCAACGCCACUGUCUUCUCACAAGAUUCUCCCGCUCCUCUCCUGCCCCCUCCAUUGGUUUGUGAAUUUUUUGGCCCCAGAGAUCAAGUGUUUUCGCGGAGGCAGGAGAUGCACCAUGUGCAGGGCACGGUGGAUGAGAGCCACCCGGCCCAACAUCCCCUGCCAAGUACUCAAAUGGGAAAAAAAAAACAAAAAAACAAAAAAACAACACAAAAAAGUCAGAAAAAACCCAACCAACCACCUGUCUCAGCAAUGCACCCCGGUUUUUUGUACAUUGAUUGUGUAAUUUAAAAAAGUAUAUAUAUAAUAUAUAUAUAUAUCGUGAUUGUAUUACCGUGGAUACAACAACAAAAAACAGCAAGCGAAAAUAACUGAGCUCUGUAAGCGUC